GGAAGGGGCACCUCACGCAGGGACGAGGCGGUCAUAAUUAGUAACAGUAAAAAUCACGGGUAUUAACGAGGUCCAGAUUUCACUCCUGGGGCAGUUGUCCCCUCACUAGCACCACGUACCUGUCCCCCUCCUGCUCUCCCCCAGCCCAGAACAGGCUGGCCUGCCCAGCUGGGCCCAGAAGUCCUGGCCUUUUCCACAGUGCCCUUGGCAGGGACUCCCCAAUCCCAGGUCUGGUCCUCAGCCAAAUGCUGGUCAUGUGCAUGUCCCCUGGACGCCAGGUCUGAGCCUGGAGCCUGGAACCUGGUAUGGCUUGAGCUUGGGAGGUGGGGGGAGGGUCGGAAAGGGAGGCAGUCCUAAUUUUGGGUCUGUGGCCUUGUUUCUUUUCUUUUUAAACAGCUUUAUUGAGAUGUAAUUCACAUAUUAUAGAAUCCAUUCAAUUGAAGUAUACAAUUUCAUGGUUUUAGUAUAUUCACAGAGUUGUGCAACCCUCACCAAAAUCACUUGUGGAACAUUUCAUCACCCUAAAAAGAGCCCCCGCCAUUAACAGUCACUUCCCAUUUCCCUAAGCCCCACCCCCCAACCCUGUUGUUGUUGUUUUUGUGUGCCUGUGUAGAUUCCAACUCAUAGUGACCCCAUGGGACAGAGUAGAACUGCCCCAUAGGGUUUUCUAGGCUGUAAUCUUUACUGGAAAAGAUAGCCAGGUCUUUCUCCUGCUGAGCAUUGAUUGAUGGGUUCCCACUGCUGAUCUUUUGGUUUGCAACCCAGUACCUCAACAGUUGUGCCCGAAGCCUUAACUAACCCCCUGUGGUCAAGUUGAUUCUGACUCUUAGUGACCCUGUAGGACAGAGUAGAACUGCCAUGUAGGGUUUCCAAGAAUGUAAAUCUUUACAGAAGCAGACUGCCACAUCUUUCUCCCGUGGAGUGGCUGGUGAGUUUGAGCCACUGACCUUUCGGUUAGCAGUUGAGCGCUUAACUACUGUACCACCGGGGUUCCUUCCCCGACCCUAGGCAACCGUUAAUCUACUUUCUGCCUCCAUAGAUUUGCCAUUCUGAACAUUUCAUGUAAGUGGAAUUAUACAAUAUGUGGCUGUUUUUAACUAGCAUAAUGCUUUCAGGGUUCACCCAUGUUGUGUUAUGUAUCAGUACUUGAUUCCUUUUUAUCGGUGAGUAAUAUUCCAUUGUAUAGAUAUGACAUGUUGUUGGUCCAUUCAUUAGUUGAUGGGCAUUUGGGUUGUUUCCUCUUUUUGGCUGUUGUGAAUAAUACAGCUGUCAGUGUUUGUGUACAUGUUUUUGCGUGGACUUCUGCUUUCGUAUUUCUUAGCUAUGUACCUAGGAGUAGAAUUGCUGGGUCACAUGAUAACCCUGCGUUUAACAUUUUGAGGGACUGCCAAAUUGUUUUCCAACACAGCUAGCUCUACUAUUUUACAUUCCCACCAGCAAUGGAUGAGGGUUCCAAUUUCUCCACAUCCUCGUCAACACUUGUUAUUACCUAUUUUUUUGAUUAUAGCCAUCCUAGUGGGUGUGAAAUAGUAUCUCACUGUGAUUUGGAUUGGCCAUGUUUCUUUUUGUCUGUCUCUUUUUUUUAUAUAUAUGUAUAUAUACAUAUGCACAUACGGAUUUAUGUGUUUCUAACCUCUUAUAUUCAAAAUGGAGCCCUGAUGGCAUAGUGGUUAAGUGCCAUGACCCUUAAUCAAAAGAUCGGCAGUUCAAAUCCACCAGCCAUGCCUUUGAAACCCUAUGGUGCAGUUCAACUCUGUCCUUUAAGGUCACCGUGAGUCGGAAUUGACUCGACAGCGAUGAGUCUGGUUUUUUUGUUUUAAUAUUCAAAAUGGACUUGAAGCAUCGUCUUGUGGUUCUCUUUAUUUUUCUCUUUGCUUUUGUUGCUGCCUGCCUCUCUCUUACUGUGUCGUGGAAUCUCUGGGUUCAUCUCCAUCUCCCUCUGCCCCAUAGUGUUAUCUGUUCAUAUCCUCUGGUCCCAGCUGUUCAAACAGGGUGUGGAUCUGUAUAUACACUGGGUGGGGGUGGGGGGCAUCUGGCCUUUCAUCUUUUGCCUUCCUCCCACCCCUAUUCCAGGGGUGUUGCUUUUUGCAGACAGAAGAAUGUGGGUGAACUCUGGGAACCCCCCUCCCUUCGUUGCCUGUGGGCAGGGGGCUUCCAUCCUGGGUAGUCCCUGCCCUCCUGACACACUGCCCACCCCUGGCCCAGCCAAGCUGUCAAGCACUGGGGUGAUACCAGGAGUCCUUGGUUUCCAUUUCCCCAUUUGCGUGUUUGUCAGCAGACCUCCUCCCAGAGCCUGUGGGACAGACCCAUCUGGGGUGCUGGGACUUGGAUUUGGGGAGGGGGGAAGUGGUGUAAGAGGGCCCACUGGCUUAGGAGUCAUUUUUCUGAGAAGUGCCAAUGCUUUAGGGAAGCGACUUUUCCUCCCCUCCCUCCUCCCCCCAGCACACAUUCUCUGCAUCUUGACCUCAGCAUCACAGGACAUGGCCUCCCCCAGCCACCUCGCUGGGGCCCAUCUAGGAGUGGCAGCCUUUUCGGCACCCUGAAGGCCAGCUCUGGACCCUCCCAGGAAAGUGCCAGCCCACAGAGCUGCUUGACCAAAGGACCAACUAACUCCUGGGACAUCCCCCAACUCACCUGGCCCCCAGUUCGGGUGGGGGCUCCAAGAGGCCGAGAUUAACUUGCUGGCCUUGGACAGCAGUGCCAGGGCAGAAAGGGGGGGUGGGCUGACCACCCAAGCCCCCUCUGGGCCUGGGCCCCAUGCCCCAAGGAGGGGCAGCCUGAAGCCUGCCAGAACCCCCUCCAGACUGUGUGCUUGCCCUUUUGACUGUGGCUGCUUGGCAUGGCCAGCAACAGCAGCUCCUGCCCGACACCUGGGGGCGGGCACCUCAAUGGAUACCCAGUGCCCCCCUACGCCUUCUUCUUUCCCCCAAUGCUGGGUGGCCUCUCUCCGCCAGGCGCCUUGACCACUCUCCAGCACCAGCUUCCAGUAAGCAGCUAUAGCGCACCAUCUCCAGCCACCGUUGAGACCCAGAGCAGCAGUUCAGAAGACAUAGUGCCCAGCCCUCCCUCACCACCCCCUCUUCCCCGUAUCUACAAGCCUUGCUUUGUCUGUCAAGACAAGUCCUCCGGCUACCACUAUGGGGUCAGCGCCUGUGAGGGCUGCAAGGGCUUCUUCCGCCGCAGCAUCCAGAAGAACAUGGUGUACACAUGUCACCGGGACAAGAACUGCAUCAUCAACAAGGUGACCCGGAACCGCUGCCAGUACUGCCGGCUGCAGAAAUGCUUCGAAGUGGGCAUGUCGAAGGAGUCCUGGCUUCUGCCCUCCACAGCUGUGAGGAAUGACCGAAACAAGAAGAAGAAGGAGGUGCCCAAGCCCGAGUGCUCUGAGAGCUACACGCUGACGCCGGAGGUGGGGGAGCUCAUUGAGAAGGUGCGCAAAGCGCACCAGGAAACCUUCCCCGCCCUCUGCCAGCUGGGCAAAUACACUACGAACAACAGCUCAGAACAGCGUGUCUCUCUGGACAUUGACCUCUGGGACAAGUUCAGUGAACUCUCCACCAAGUGCAUCAUUAAGACUGUGGAGUUCGCCAAGCAACUGCCCGGCUUCACCACCCUCACCAUUGCCGACCAGAUCACCCUCCUCAAGGGUGCCUGCCUGGACAUCCUGAUCCUGCGGAUCUGCACGCGGUACACACCUGAGCAGGACACAAUGACCUUCUCAGACGGGCUGACCCUGAAUCGGACCCAGAUGCACAAUGCUGGUUUCGGCCCCCUCACCGACCUGGUCUUCGCCUUUGCCAACCAGCUGCUGCCCCUGGAGAUGGAUGACGCCGAGACUGGGCUGCUCAGUGCCAUUUGCCUCAUCUGUGGAGACCGGCAGGACCUGGAGCAGCCAGAAAGAGUGGACAUGCUGCAGGAGCCACUGCUGGAGGCGCUGAAGGUCUAUGUGCGGAAACGGAGGCCCAGCCGCCCGCACAUGUUCCCCAAGAUGCUGAUGAAGAUCACAGACCUGCGAAGCAUCAGUGCUAAGGGGGCUGAGCGGGUGAUCACGCUGAAGAUGGAGAUCCCAGGCUCCAUGCCACCUCUCAUCCAGGAGAUGCUGGAGAACUCAGAGGGCCUGGACACUCUGAGUGGACAGCCGGGGGGCAGGGGGCGGGACCGAGACGGGGGUGGCCUGGCCCCCCCGCCAGGCAGCUGUAGCCCCAGUCUCAGCCCUAGCUCAAACAGAAGCAGCCCGGCCACCCACUCCCCAUGACCACCUAUGCCCCAUGGACACAGUUCGUGCCCCUGCCCUGGCUUUUCUCUGCCUUUCUACCAACCAUGUCACCCCCUGCCAGCCCUGCCCCCGCUGUCCUCCCAGACAGAACCAGGGACCUUCCCCUGGGGGGCUGGAGAGAGGGAGGCUGCAACUCUUCAGACAGAGGCCUGGGCCACGAUGGACUGACCGCUCCUGCUGCCUAGGCUGACUUCAGGGGGCAAGGCAGUGAACUGAGUGAGCACCCCCUGUCCUGGGCCUCGGGAUGGGGCGCCUGGGGGCCUCGUGUUCAAGACACCCCUCUACCCAUCUCGCCACAUCUUCAUCACCAGCAAAUGCCAGGAACUGGCUCCCCCAUCCUCAGAACUCAUAAGCCAUUGCUCCCCAGUUGGGGGACCCUCUCCCCCCUGCCUUGGUUGGUGACAGAGGGGGUGGGCCAGAGGUGGGGAGCUUCCCCCUGUUCAUACCCUGUCGUACCAACCCCCAAGUAUUAAUUCUCGCUGGUUUUGUUUUUAAUUUUUUUGUUUUGGUUUUUUUAAUAAGAAUUUUCAUUUUAAGCACAUUUAUACUGAAGGAAUUUGUGCUGUGUAUUGGGGGGAGCUGGAUCCCGAGCUGGGGGGGUGGGUCCUAGGGGAGGGGAGUGGCUCAGAAGGGGCUCCCCCUCUCCCCCCACAUCCCUGUGCCACCUCACCCUCCUCAGCUUUUUUUCUCCUCAGUUUUCACUUUCAAACUGUGAAGUACUAACUUUCUGAGGCCUGCCCUCCCCUUCUUUGGCCAGCCCCCACUCCUCCCUCUGCCUAACCACUGCUAUGGACAGUUUCAGGAAGCCCUUAGAAGGAGGAGGCUCCUGGCCAUUGACACCUGCCACUGCCCUCAGUGAGAGACAGGCAGGGUCAGAGAGCAUGGGGCCCCUCGGAGUACACAGUGUUUCUCAGCCCUGUCUCCUUGGGCAGAGCUGUCUCCCCAUUGAUGCCCACACCAUCUAAGCUCCCAGCCCCACUGUGAAGCGGCCAGUCCAGGGGUCUGAGCUGCCCUGCCCCAGCCUCACAGCCACCAGCACUCCACACAGGCCCCCAGACACACACCACACACACACGGCACACACAGCACAUACACAGACACACCACACACACACACACACCACACACACACAUACACACAAACACACCACACACACACACACAAACACACCACACACACACACACACAGAUGGGCUGACAGACAUUUGGCCUGAGUUCCUCCAUCUCCCCGGCCAGCCCUACUGCCUGCCCCACACCGGUACCCCCUCCUUGCCCCGCAGGACGGGCCUACAGGGGGUCCCCUCCCCUUAUCCCUGUAUCCCUGGGCUGGGGAAGCUGGCUCUGCCCUGCUCUCUUCACCCUGGGGUUGGAGUCUCAUCGCCCCGGAACCCGCUGGUGCACCUGUUACUGUUGGACUUUCCACUGAGAUCUAGAUAAAGUUAUAUUUAUUCUACACGCGCCUCAGAGCCUCGCUGCCUCCACUCCUUCUCUCGGCGUCUGGGCAGGGGUUAGGGACGGGGGCUUUCCAAUGGGCUCUGGGCCACUGUAGUCAGCUGUGAGCACUGGGAUGGAGGAUUUGGCAAAUGUACCCUCAAGCGCCCUCUGGGCCGCCCUUCCUGGGCUGGGGAGUUUGGAGAUCCUGGGGGAGGAGGCAGGUCUGCCUUUGGGAAAUCCUUGGUCUGGGGUUCUAAACAGCCCAGUCUGGAGGCAGGAGAGGAGAGCCUAGCUCAGUCUGGGCUCGGGGAGCCAGGCCCUACCCUCAGAACCCCUGACCCUUGGGAAGCCUGACGUUGGGUCUGGGGUCACUCUGUGGCAGAGGAGUUCUGGGAGUGACCCCAGACUUGACCUUCACAUCAGGAGUGGCAGGGACACGGGGGCUGGGGCCAGGGGCUUGUGGCAAUCUAACAAUAUCGUGGGAUUGGGAUGGAAGCGGAAGGUGACCCAUCUAUUCUGUCUCCAGAAGGACUGUCCUGACACACAGCCAUCCUGUGGGCAGGCAGCGCAGAGCAGAGGGCAGGGUGCAGAAGGAUCCGAAGGCUGCUGGUCAAGAGGAGUGAGUCUGGGAGGCCCAGAGGGCCCUCAGAGGCCAGUUUUUCCUAGCUCCUCACACUACACCUGAAGGCCCAGAAAGGGCAGUGUCCUUGCCCAGGGUCACACAGCAGGUCAGUGGCAGAUCAGUGCUCUGGGCUCCCACCUCAGUCCAGGCCUCUUUCCUGGAUCCCUGAAGCCAGUGAAGAGUCAAGCACUGAGACCUGUGGGAUCUGGGGAGAAGGCCAUGAAGGCUGUGUUCGGGCAAGGUUAGCAGUCGCCAGCCAUUCCUAUUUUAGCCACCAGGUGGCCACAGCUCCUUGCUUAUGUCUUCAUCUAGCCCAGGUUGGAGCCAGCCAUAAGGGACAGAGAUUUUUGUUUUCUAACAUUUUCCUUUGUUGGUUGCGGGUGAGUUGAUUCUGACUCCUGGCAACCCCGUGUGUUACAGAGUAGAACUGCUCCAUAGGGUUUUCACAACUUCUUUACCAAUCUGAAAUGAAAUUCUAGUACCAAAACAACAACAAAAACGUUGCUGAGGAGUCGAUUCCAACCCAUAGCGAUCCUAUAGGGCACAGUAGAACUCCCCACAGGUAGUGAUUACAGGGCUGUAAUCUUUAAGGAAGCAGAGUGGCUGGUGGAUUAGCAGCUGAGCGUUUAACUGCUACGCCACCAGGGCUCCUUUACCUACACACAUGUUCUCAACAAUCAGUAUGCUAUCAAUCAUAACUGUAUUAUGAAGGAGAGAUUAAGGGAAGUACUUUGACAUGUAAAUGCCUGGGCACAACCACAUGGCAGAUAUGAUGGAGUAGUCAUAGGCCUAUCUCUAUUUUUAUUAAUGAAUACAUUUGGGUUUAAAAGAGGUAAGUUCAGAAACCAUUCUGUACAAGAAGUUCAAGAAAAUGAAAGAGCAGAAGUAUAGGUGGGUGCUGAAAUAAAAAUGGACACACAAUGUAUAAUAAAAACCCUAAACCUUAAUGUUUUACGUGUAGCACUGAGUCAGGUUUGGGGCUCGGUGACUAUAAAGAGGUUUUCCACUAUGUGACUGUCCAGUGGGAGAUCCUAAAGUUGUUCCUGACAAGUCCUCAUUUCGAGAGGACACCUUGGCAUUCCUAGCCCCUGCCCACUAAAUGCCAAUGAGGACCCCAUUGUUUUGUUCUAUUUCCACAUAAGAUGGACAUGAGUCAGAGCAGGCUCAUGGGGUUACCCUGAAGGCAGGGGAGCCCCAGAGGACUUAAGUAGGGGGCAUAUUUACAAGUGCCACCUAGGAAUGGUGCCAUCGCCGUUGGGAACCUCUGGGCUUGAGGUUGCCCUCACUCUUGAGCAAUUCAUCACUGUCAAGCAGAGCUUCUCACUUUCAGCACUGACAUUUUGGGUCAGCUAAUUCUUUGUAUUUCUUCUACAACCAGAAUGUUCCAUAGAAGCAAGGAUGGCAAGACUUCUUUACUUUGGGCUCUUCAUCGGGAAAGACCAAUCGAUAGAAAAGGACAUCGUGUUUGGUAGAGGAUUAGUGAAAGUGAGAGAACCCCUCAAUGAGAUGGACUGGCACAAAAGCCACAACAAUGGACUCGAACAUACUAACGGUCAUGAAGAUGGUGCAUGACCAGGUAAUGUUUUGUUCUGUUUCUACACAAGGUAAGGUCAUCGUGAGUAAAGUGACUCAUGGGCUUGCCCUGAGGGAAGGGGAGCCCCAGAGGGCUUAAGAAGGGGGCAUAUUUAGAAAGACCCCCCCCCAGGCUGCUGUGUGGAGGGAGCACAGGUAGGGAAGCUGAGGAAGAGGAGUCCGGGGAAGGAGGUGAGAGGGGGAAUGGCCAGGCAGGCAGGAGAAAAUUGGAUGGAGUGGGGGCACGGCAGAGAAAGAGCGUGUGGUCAAUGGGGUCUGGUGAAACUCCAGAGGUGCAGGCAGAUGGUGGCUGAGAAAUUGCCCUGGAUUUGCCAUUUAGGUGGAGGGUGAUGUUUUUCAAGGGCGACCUCCCCUGGGGCAGUGAAGGAGGAAGACAGAUGAGGGGGCAGAGGAGAGACAGAAAGGGGACAUGAGGGAGCCAUGUAGACAGCUUUGGAUGCCUGGGAGGAAAGGGGGUGGCAUCUGGAGGCUGAGGCAGGGCCAAGAGCAUGUUCUGUUUUGUGGGAUGAUUUCUUCUGAGGAUGGAGGGAAUUUAAUCACAUUUAUAGACUAGGGAGAUAGCAGCAGAUAGGGAGGGUAAAGAUGGCAGAGAGAAAGGAGUUUAACACUGGGCUAUCCUGCCUUCUGACCCCACUGCCCACCCCCAGUCGUCUCCAUAGAAAGGGAGGGGCCCAGCUACCCUUCCCAGGCCUCAAAGUGGAGAGUGUGGAUGGUGCUUACAAGCCCUGCCAGACUGAGGCCUGCCCCUGGGGGUGGGGGGUGAUGGCGCCCCCUCCCUUCCUGUGUGGGCUCCUAUGGGAGGGGAGCCCUUCCUGAGAUGCCCUCACAGAUGGAAUGGGUUUGGGCAGUAAGGAGGGAGUCAUUUCCGCUGCUGUUAGCAUGGGAUCCUGGCCACCCACACAGUGCAUAUCACAGAUCACACAUACAGAGCUCACAGGGAUGUCCAAGUGCACAUGUACAACACACAGCUCACACAGGGUGUAUGCGUGCACACACACACCUCACAUGGGUAUACAAAUGCAUGCAUAUACACACAGCUCACACAGGGUGUAGGCAUGCAGAUACACACACAGCCCACACGGGGUAUACAUAUGCACGCACAUACUCAGCUCACAUAGGGUGCGUGUGUGCACACAUAGCUCACACAGGAUGUAUGUGUGCACAUACACAGCUCACAUGGAGUAUACGUAUGCACGCACAUACACAGCUCACAUAGGGUAUAUAUGUGUACAUGUGCACACACAGAACUCACACAGGAUGUACAUGUGGGCACAUAACUCACACGGUGUAUAUGUAUACAUGCACACACAGCACAGUGUAUACGUGUGUAAAUAUGCGUGCACACAGGCCACGCCUCAGCCUGAACACGGAGAGGCUCCAGAAUGCUAGUCUCACAGUUAUUUUUGUCCCCAGUAAAACAAUCAGGGCCCUCCACCUUCCACUCCGCUCUACCCUCCUCUUGUCCAUUCUCUCUCAGGUCCUCCUGCCUCCUUUUCCACUUGGAUCACCGCGCCAAGGAGCAGCCUUGGUUCAUUCUCUGCCCCUAGCUCACACGGGGAGCGGAGAACGGGUUGUGCAGCUGGGAGCACCACGGAAGUGCAGUUGCUGCCUUAUGGGCCAUCCCCGCUACGUGUCUCCUGCUCCGUGAGUGAACUCCUCUCAGGAUUGGCGAGCCGAUACAAGUGUAGCCCCGAAUUCCGUAAGUCUGUUAGAAUUCUUUGUCCUAGGUGUCCCAGCCACCCCAGCGCAGCAUGGUGGGAAUGUGGGCUCAGCCGGCUCUCCUCUCUGGAGUCCCUCCAGUCUCUCACAUCCUCUUAAAGUGCCUCCCAUGUACAGGUCCCCACAGGCCCCUACUGUCCCCAGGCCCUCCUCGAGCUGCACUCACCCUGUGAUUGUGGCUGGGAUGUCAGAGUCGAGCGCUGGAACUCGGGAGAUGGUUGGGACCUGAUUCUCCUGGUCCCUCUUUCAUUUUCCCUUUCGGAUUUGGCUGGGAUGGAUGACAGGACAGGAUACAGAGGGGGCUAGUUCUCCUCCUUCUCUUAAAGGGACAGGGUGACCCUGCUGGCUAGCUCCACCCUAGGGAACAGAUAUAGGGCCACACCCCUUGCUGGCCUUUGCCAGCCCCCAUCCAUUGCUCACCUACCCCACCCCCAUCCCCAUCCUAUGGCUGUCUCCAUCUGGAAGUGGGGAGAUGGAGUUAACCAGAGCAACACUCUUUACUGAGAGAACUAGGGGGUUCAUGGAAGCCUUUCUCCAACAUACUCCCCCCAAACUGGGAAGCCUAGAUCCCCUGUUAACUGACUGUUCUCUCUAAAUAUGGUCCUCGGGGCUGGAGGGAGAUUUGGUGCUGGUGUUGGGGGCAUUGUUGUUUUAAGAGGCAGCAACAUCUAAUGGGUUCUGGCUCCAGCUCUGCCACUAGCUUGACUGUGAGCAAGUCAUUGAGCUCUUCUGUCUCCUCCUUUGCCAACUGAGGAGUUUGGACCAGCUGGUCCUCAGGUUUCAUUCCAGCUCAAAGGCUUAAUGGUAAGGUCCCAGCCAUGUUAGAACCUAAAGAUCAAACCCACUGCCAUUGAGUCAGUUCUGACUCCUGGCAAACCCAUGUGUUGCACAGAGUAGAACUACUCCACAGGUGUUUUUUUUUUUUUUUUUUUUUUGCUGUAAUCUUUAUGGAGGCAAAUUGCCAGGGCUUUGAGGUGGCACUGGGUGGGUUUGAACCACCAACCUUUAGAUUAGUAGUCAAGCGCAAACCGUUUGUGCCACCCAGGGACCUUCCCACCCAACCAUGGUUCGGAGAACCAAAACACCCAUUCCCAGAAAAAAUUCUGUAUGGAAAAACAUUAUCAAGAGUGGCUAGCCUUGGUAGUUAAGUGAAAGCUUUGUUUUCUUUCUGCUUUUCUGUUAAUUUCCAUUCGUUCCAUAAUGAAUAUGUUGUUUUAUAAUGUGAAAUGUAGAGAGAAAGGCUCCCCCACGCUCCAUGGCCCUGAGUUGAGUCACCCCCCACUGCCCUGGGUGGUGGCAGGUGUCCCAUGGAGGGGGGUUUAGGGUGACUGAUGGCAAUCUGAGCAGCCAGGGAGGGGACACUCUGAAGUGGGGAAGUGUUGUUUGUCCCCUCCACCUAUCUAGGAGGCUGCCCAACCUGCACAGUUUCCCUUCCUCACCUGUACACCUGCUCAGGGCCAGGCCCUGUGUGGGGAUCCGUCACAUAAUUUUAGCUCAUUUAAUCCUCUCAACGACCCACAGUUGGGGAAACUGAGGCUCAGGGUCUAAAUCACUUGUCCGCUGUCACAUACCCAGUAAAUAGCGAGUCCCGGCCUCACACCCAGCCUAAUUCCAGAGCCCAUGCUGGAGGUUGACCAUUCCUGCCCUCCCUGAGGGGAAGGACACCAAGCCUUGUCUGCUCAGUGACACUUCCUCUCAGCCACAGGGGAUAUGGAAGGUGGGGUGGAAAGGGUGGGAGUGGGGGGGGGGGCUGCAUGGUUCUUCAUCUGCUGAGGACCCCCUACCUGCUUUCCGGAAGGCAUGGGAAAUGUACCCCCUCAUUUCCACUGGCUCAGCAGCCCAGCCCACCCUGGAAAACUCUAGGUUAACCACGCUUGGGUGUGCCAGGACACCUCCCCAGUCUCAUGCAGGGUUCCCUUGGGAGUGAGCCUGGGUGGCGGGAUGCUACCCUGGACAAAGUCCAAACAAAAGAGCAUGUGCCGGGUGUCCCACAUUCUGAAAACAGGAUGUGGGGUGGGGGCGCUGCUGCCUCCCCAUCCCUGAUGUUCUGCUUCUGGCAGAGCUGCUCCCUGCCCCCAGCAUGGGGCUCAGGGACACACAUCUCACCUGACUGCCCAGAAACGGUCCCCUCCCUGUCCCUGUGGCCCCCGCUGGGUCAGGCCAUCAGCCCAGCCUGGAAAAACCCCAUCAGCCUCCUGUCUGGCUGUGGGACUGGAAAGAGGGAGGUGGUGGGGUAGGGGGGGGUGAGGGGUGGAGAGCUCACGGUCACUCUUCACUGUCCCCCGCCCCUGCUGCCACAGGGCCCGGCGGAGGAGACUGUACAAUCUCUGAGGCCCAUCCUCCUUCCUAGAUAGCACCGUGAGGAGGGUGUCACUGACACUGUGCAGAGCUGGUGGGCACACGGUCCCUUUCUUGGCCAUGCUUGAAGCCUGGUGCUAGGCUGAGAGGCCCGGUUCACAUCCAGGUGUCCCAGACACCUCACCGUGGUCCUUCCACCCGCCUGCUGGGCUGCAGGGCCGCUCUGUCACUUGCACACAGAUGUGCAUAUGCAGGAACUUACAUGUUUGUACCCAGUAUGUUAACACUAGUGACAUAAAUAAGACAUUUGUAUUUUCUGUUUCCCAUGCCCCUCUAAGUUUUUUAGUCUUUACAGUAAUAUCUCCUUUGAUAUUUUCUUAGCUACCCUAAUUGAAAUUUGAUGCCCCACUUCCUAUUCCCCUUCCAGCAUCUUUCAGGGAGUGGGAUCAGGUUAGAUCAAGAUCAGUUGACCUGCAGACCACAGUAACUUCCUCCCUGAAAACAGUAAGUCCUGGGUCCAAAGGACUGCCUUGGGGACAGGUCCUGGAAAGUUACUGGGGACAGAAGACAAGGUCACCUAUGGAUUAGGCUUCCUUUACUCCUGCUAAAAUAACAUCUACUAGAAUAUCUAUUUGUGCUCACCAGGCUGUACUGGGGCCACCUUGAGGCCAGUGAAGCUCUGGUCUCAUUCAAAAGAAACACAAAUCUGACUCCUGAAAAUACUGAGGAAAAAAUGUAAGACUGAAAUGAUAUAAUCACUUUGGAAAACUGUUUGGCAGUUUCUUAUACAGUUAAACAUACACUUAAUGUAUGACACAAAAAUUCUGCCCCUAGGUAUUUACUGGAGAGAAAUGGGGGGAGAAGAAGCCCGUAAGGACUUGUACUCUCAUGUUCAUAGCAGCUUUUUUCAUAACAGGCCCAAACUGGAAACAACCCAAAUGUCCAUCAACAGGUGAACGGAUAAACAAAUCCAUACAAUGGAAUAACAUUCAGCAAUAAAAAAAUAAGGAACUAUUGAUGCAUAGAACAACAUGGAUGAAUUUCAGAAAUAUUCUGCUGAAUGAAAGAAGCCAGACACAAAAGGAUACCUACUUGACAUACCUUCAGUAUGGUUUACAUCUCAACACAAAGAAAACAAAAAAUCCUCACAGAUGGACCAGUGGGCAACAUUGUGAUAAAUGGAGAAAAGAUUGAAGUUGUCAAGGAUUUCAUUUUACUUGGAUUUCCAUGGAAACAGCAGUCAAGAAACCAAAUGACGUAUUGCAUUGGGCAAAUCUGCUGCAAAAGUCCCCUUCCUUUCAAGUGUUAAAAAGCAAAGAUGUCACUUUGAGGACUAAGGUGCUCCUGACCCAAGCCUGGUAUUUUCAAUUCCUUCAUUUCCAUGUGAAAGCUAGACAAUGAAUAAGGAAGACCGAAGAAGAAUUGAUGCCUUUGAAUUAUGGUGUUGGCGAAGAAUAUUGAAUAUACUAUGGACCGCCAGAAGAAUGAACAAAUAAAUCUGUUUUGGAAGAAGUACAGCCAGAAUACUCCUUAGAAGGGAGGAUGGCGAGACUUGUCUUAUGUACUUUGGGCAUUAUUAGGAGGGGCCAGUCCUUGGAGAAGGACAUCAUGCUUGGUAAAGUAGAGGGUCAGUAGAAAGGAGGACCACCUUCAAUGACAUGGAUUUGACACAGUGGCUGCAACAGUGGGCUCAGAUAUAGCCCCCCCAUGAAGAUGGCACAGGACCAUGCAGUGUUUCAUUCUGUCGUACAUAGGGUUGCUUUGAGUUGGACCAGCUCGAUGGCACCUAACAACAACAAUUGUAAAAUUCCCUUAUAUGAAGUUUUAGAAUACUGGUAUGUAAACAUUUUGGGAUGAAGAAUUUCUCCCAGUACCCGUGCACAAAAUCCCAGGAAAAACCUGAUUGGCUUCAAUAAGGUCACGGUGCCCUUCUCUUAGACCUAUCACCAUGGCCAGGGUCUGUCAGGCCCACCAGAAUACCACUGGAACAGUUCUCAAAAGGAAGAGAAGACAGCUAUAUUUUAGAGUAGGGAAAGUGUGUAGUACAGAAAAAAAAAAAAGGGCAAUCAAAGGGCUGCAACAUUUACAUUUUAUUUAAGUAAAAAAUUGUUGGAAUUAAGCUAAAUAGAAAAACAUAGUAAAUAUUUACAAAAACAUUGGUAACACUGCUGAAGUAACACACAUAACAACACGGAAAGAUCUUAUAAAGUUCACAAGUUGAAAUUAAAGAGAUUUCACAACAUGGAUAUAACAGCCCACCACUGAGCAUGGCAAGGAUGUAAUACGUGAGAUCUGUGAGAGAACGCUGCUCCCCACUCUUCUGUAAUCUGCGCUCCCUAGGAAUUUGUUUCUUGGGAGAGUUAGACUCAGAGGCAGCCAGAGGGGACAAGCCAAGAGUUGGAGAUAGUUAUACAACUGGUCUAAUUGUCUUCAUCCUGUUGACUGUGUUGAGAGGUUACAUAGACAGAGCUAGGGUGUUCUUCAUUCUCCGAUGACACUCAAAAGAUAUGAAGAAUAUGAGCAAUUUCUCAUUGCUCAGAAUGAAAAUUCAGCACAGAAGAGGCUGAGCAGGGAGUAGUUGUACUGGAAUUAUAAAGUUCUAUCUGCUGAAAAAUUAUAACACUAAGAUAAAAUAGGAUUGAUUGUGCUCAAUCUUAGCUUAAUUAAUGGUCAAUAACCAAACUACAUUGUGCUGAAGUGACCACACAAGUAUCACUCAGAUUUUAAAGACAAAAAAAAAAAAAAAAAAAAAUCUAAAAA